GUCACCGGUUGCCAUGGUAGCACCGCGGCGAGUAAAAGACGGGCGGUGCUAGACGUUUCCGGCAGAGGCAGCCGCUGCGAAGGACAAGGGAAGCUCCUUCUCUCGCUAGUCUGACUUCCACCAAAAUGAGCGUCCUGGAUGGGGACAACGAGCUCCCUCUCGUCCAAACCGGCGGCCUGGCUGCCCCCGACCAUGGCCCAGGAGAUCCGGACGUACACCAGUGCCAAGGGCUCCAUGAAGAAACCGAGGCGACACAGGUGAUGGCGGGUGGGGGCAGCUUGGAGACCGCUGCGGAGGGAGGUGCACCGCGGGAUCCGGUGGACUGUGGCCCCCUCCUCCGCUUCCCAGUUGCCGGGAGUCGCGGCGGUGCGGCGACCGAAGCCGGGCAGGAGGAUGCGCCACCUUCUACGAAAGGUCUGGAAGCAGCCUCUGCCUCCGUGGCUGCUGACAACAGCCAGAAAAAUGGCUGUCAGCUUGGAGAGCCCCGUGGCCCUGCUGGGCAGAAGGCUCUAGAAGCCUGUGGCACAGGGCGGUUGGGGUCUCAGAUGAUACUGGGGAAGAAGGCCAAGGAAGUGACGACUAGGAAGUGCGCCAUCUCAGCAGCAUUGGAAAAGCAGGGAGAAGCAGGGGCAGUGAUGGAGGAAAAGAAGGCGGCGCAGAAGGAAAAAAAGCUGGCAGGAGGGGUGAAAGAGGAGACACGGCCCAGGGCCCCUAAGAUCAAUAACUGCAUGGAUUCACUGGAGGCCAUCGAUCAAGAGUUGUCAAACGUAAAUGCCCAGGCUGACAGGGCCUUCCUUCAGCUUGAGCGCAAGUUUGGCCGCAUGCGAAGGCUCCACAUGCAGCGCAGAAGUUUCAUUAUCCAAAAUAUCCCAGGUUUCUGGGUCACUGCCUUUCGAAACCACCCCCAGCUGUCACCUAUGAUCAGUGGCCAAGAUGAAGACAUGCUGCGGUACAUGAUCAAUUUAGAGGUGGAGGAGCUUAAACACCCCAGAGCAGGCUGCAAAUUCAAGUUCAUCUUUCAAAGCAAUCCCUACUUCCGAAAUGAGGGGCUUGUCAAGGAAUAUGAGCGCAGAUCCUCAGGCCGGGUUGUGUCUCUUUCCACUCCAAUCCGCUGGCACCGAGGCCAAGACCCCCAGGCUCAUAUCCACAGAAACCGGGAAGGGAACACCAUCCCUAGUUUCUUCAACUGGUUCUCAGACCACAGCCUUCUAGAAUUCGACAGAAUUGCAGAGAUUAUCAAAGGAGAAAUAUGGCCCAAUCCCUUACAAUACUACCUGAUGGGUGAAGGGCCCCGCAGAGUAAUUCGAGGCCCACCAAGGCAGCCAGUGGAGAGCUCCAGAUCCUUCAGGUUCCAGUCUGGCUAAUUUCCUGUGAGAAGCUUCUGCACAAGUUUCCUUACCACCUCCUCUUGGACCUAUGCUUGGCCAACAGCAUGUAGUCUUCCCUCUGCUUUCUCUUCAUACUGUGGAUUAUCUUUUCCUUUGGUUCUUCUGAAUCUUCAGUAAUCAGUUGCAAGAUUGUUGGCUUACCUGCUUGUGCCAUUCUUCCUCUGGGCCUUCAGGCUUUUCUGCAAUGUGUUAACAUGUUUCAAGUGCAUGGCCUUCUAUGGCUUCAGUGCCAAGCAUAUGAUACUAUAGAUAUACUGUACCAUACUGCCUUUCUUUGCAUGGCUUGGACCCUGUCUGUGACCAUGGUCUUCUCCUAGUGUAAGUGGUUGUGUACCACAAAUAAUCUUGAUACAUCUUCACAAAUAACUGACUGGGCUUCAUACUUUGUGCUGGCUGUGUACCUGAUGCCCAUGUACUUAUGGUAAGCUUUUUUGGUUUUACCACUGCAAGAUGAAACUGGUAUCUUAACCUAGCCAUCAACCCACAUUGGACAUUCCAGAUUACCACCAACUGGAUCCCAGCUGCCUUCCUGGACUUGUGCCAUCCACUCUACUGGUUAUCUGGUAGAACAAGCUGGUAGCUGGUGGGUGACUGCUAGGCAUGAAUGAGGUAAUAGAUGAAAAGUGUUCUAUGUUAUCACGUUGGUUUUCCUAUACCUUUGGUUACUCCACAUCAUGACCAGUUACUGGUGAGUAUGAAGCCCACCCCUACUUGCUGUCACCUUCUGGUUGAGCUUUGCUCAGGACACCAUUGUCUGCUUCAUCAGGAACUAUCUGUAGACUUAACUCCCAGGGAGCACACAGGAACAACCCCUACCACCAGGAUGGACAGUCAUAUGCGAGAGUGUCCAUAGCAAGGCUGGAACACAGUCUCCUCCAGCUUCGUCUUUCUGACUCCUAGCCAACAAACCACCCUUAAUCUGAGCAGCUUCUUUAGGCAUUCCCUCUUCUCCCCAUCUGCACCCACUCUGAAUAUGACAAAGUUGCCAGUUGGGGCACCGAGGAAGAGAUACUUCUGGAAUGUGAGACUUGUUAUGCCUCUCUCUCUGUCUCUUUCUCUCUCUAUCCCCCUCUUCCUCUCCCUCCUAUCCCUUCUUUUCUUCCCUUUCACUCUGAAGCAGUUUCAGCUUAUUAACAAAACAAAACUGGCAAAGCAGGCUUUUGUUUAAUUUGCCUUCUUCUUGAUUGUGUUCAGAGAGAAAAAGGUAUGAUUAAAUGGACUCCAGAUUUCUUACUGCCCUCAUUCCUCCACCCCACUUCUUUUAGCAAGGUCUGAAAGUUUCAAAGAGAGCCAUAUAGGUUGUUUAGUUAUAGGCAGUGUUCUUUUAGGCAGAUUUUGACAUCCUUAUCUCUUUACACCAUCCAUUCUACCAAAAGCUGUGUAUUUCUUGAACUUUUAGUUUGAGAAGCUGGGGAGAGAGAGAAAGGCCUCACAGUGAUGGGUUCAAGACAGGUCCUGAACAGGAUUUGAGUGAAGGCAACCAAAACUUAUUUUCAUUCCACUUUUCUGAAGUUGGCAAUUCUUUUUUGGGCCUUGGACUGCUUGGAAAUGAUCCCAGGAUAGCAUUUUGUGGGUCAGCCUUCUUUGUAUGAUUUUGUUACUGCCCUGCUGUCCCAUGGGUCUCUAUCCUACUGCCUGGCUUUCAUGGCCCUCAUUUCUCAGCUUCUGCAUUUCCUUCCCUGCUCCUAACAAAUGAAGAAGCAGGCUGCAGCCUGCAUUGUGGAAGGUCUUCAGCCUUCUUGUAUGGGAUAAGGGAAUGUGUAGCGUCUGUGUGGAUUUUCAGGGACAAGUUCCAGUAGGUGAGACAGUGAUGCUGUCAGGGCUGUCUUAGUUAUGAGGAUGUGUGGCGGUAAAGACCGUCCACCAUCACCUUUUUCCCCUUCGGUUUUGAAGGCCUUGCCCUAAGCUCCCUGAGGGUUUAGGAGGUCUGAACACACACAGUGGAGAGGUUAGUCUAGGUUGGGAAACUGAGUAAAAGUCCAGAAGCAGAUAUGAGCCUGCUGUGAAGUGGGUUUGGAAAGGCCCACAGGAAAGACCCUGCAGGAUCAGGGGUGGGAGGGGAGGCCCCUGAGGUGCUUUCCAGGGAAGAGGGGCUGGGGUUUAAAUAGUAUGCUUGGAGGGAUUUCCUCCAAUUUUUCAUAAGUCCUUGAAUUCACAAGUAGAUUUUUGUAAACAGAAAUGUAACUCUGGAUGCUUUCUCUCGAUUAUCCUAGGAGUGACCUUUAUAUGUGUGGAAGAUUAAUGGUAUAUGCUCCUUAUGUCAUUGUUUUUGAGUAAAAUCCAUUUCCUUUCUCCAUUUCAGCCUAUGACAAAAUUAAUGUUUACAGGCCUGCUUUUUGCUUUUAAUUGACAAGUGCAAAAAUAUACCAAAUUUGUGUCCUGUGCAGUAUAAAGACUUCAGUGAAUAUUCGUUAAUAUAUUAGCUUGUUCUGCUCUCUGUUCAUAUAUGGCUCUAUUCUUAGAAAUAUAAUUUGAAUGUGAUCUUUGAAUAGUCUGAAUAUUUUACAAAUUGUUGUUAUGUCUUGUGAAAGUAACCUCAAAAAGAAAAAUAUAACUCUGUUGUCUUGAUAUUUCUUGCCCUAGUAAUGUACUUGACAUUUAUGUUCCUAAACAGUGUAAGUACUAGUAGAAUUUCUCUGUCAAAUUCAAUGAUGAUCAUUAGUACUUUUGUCUUCUCACAUGUGCUUGAAGGAAAAAUAAAAUGUCACUACUGUAUUUCUUGUUUUCACCAAAAAAUAAAAAAAAU